AUCACUUUGCUCCAAUCAGAGGACAGGGACAGUCACAUGUAACGAAAGCGAGCAGUAUUAAGGGAAGUGGUGACUGGUAAAUUUAGAUACGACACUAAAUUUGAUCGGAAAACGGUAGACUAGGCAUUUCAAACAAGUCUUAUACAUCCGAAACACCAAUUAUUCAGCCAUGGGAGUGGACGGUUGUGGACAAAUGUGCAAAUGCAUUCUCAUCCUUUUCAAUGCCAUAUUUGCGAUUGUGGGAUUUGCAAUGGUUGGUUUGGGCCUUGGACUUCGACUUAGCUCAGAGACACGUGGGCUCUUCGACAUUGAAUUGAAAACACAAGAGUUUGUCAUAUUUGUGGUGGUGUUGAUCGUGCUGGGUUCGCUGAUGCUGAUCAUAUCCAUUUUUGGGUUUCAUGGAGCUUGUAACGAGAACCUGUCGUCCUUAAGAAUUUUUGCCAUAUUGUUGGUCAUCAUGGCAGGUGUGGAGAUUGGCACUGGAGUGCUGGUGUUCAUGCGCAGCAAAGAGGUAUCUGAGCAUAUUAUCAACCUGUAUGCCUCCGUUUACGCACAGUUCGUCAACACUCAUGAUCCAAGCCUUGCUACCACCCUACGCAUUAUCCAUGAAGCGUUCGAUUGCUGUGGGGUUGGAGGGCUACUGGAGCCGCUUGUACGAGAGACCUGUCCUAAAAAGGAUUUCUUGGGGACCUUGACUACUUCCGCCUGCCCCGCUGUGAUCUUAAACCUUUUCCAAGACAAAGCUCCACUCAUCCUGGGCUUCUUCCUCACCACUGCAGCCCUCAUGAUCAUUGCAUUGGUUUGCAGCUCUCUUCUCAAAAAAGCAAUCAAAGAGGCAUCGGUUUCUCCCUAUGUGCUCCUCACAACCUCCAUCUAUAACGCAUCUCCAGCUGUUACUGUCUACCCUACCCUCACUAUGCCCAUAGAAGUGGAAACUUAAUGUUCCAACACCCACCUCUAAGCAAGCUACAUCUGUAGAGCUUUCCACAACCUCCCUUCACCUUCCCACCCCCAUUCACUCGCACACUCCUUUGCUUGACAUACGUAAUCCCCUUGAGUAAUUGGUAUUUUCUUAACAUUCUAGUGACCUUGGCUAGCUUUUUUUUCUUCGUGUACUGCCACAAGUUGAAAUUUACCCUCCCUGCUCCACUCACCCACCCCCCCCCCUUUCAUUCUUCCUACUCUUCCUCCUCAUCAUCAGGUCAUAGGCCUGACCUGCUACUGCCUCCUGGUCAAAGCCAUCAAGCAGAAUCGACAGGCGUACAGCGCGCCCCAUAUAUUCUGAGAUGAUGAGAAUCCCCAAUCACUGGAGGUCCUCUCAUAUCUCAAUAUGUUCUCUCACCAUUUGGACACAAUCGAAGAUUGCCAUAGCCACCUUUAUUAGGGUGGAGGAUGCUCUUACUGUAAAUGGUCCGUAUCCCUGUUCAUUUUUUACCAUUACAUUUCUAGUUGCCUCUGGGAAGAGGGACCAUUUUAUUUUUUGUAAGGCUGUGAGUUCUGAGUUAAUCUAUAGCUGAGUUGAGGCAUUUCUGUGUAUUAUUUAGUCUUAUAUAUAUAUAUAUAUAUAUAUAUAUAUAUAUAUCCUUGGUCAAAAUGUCUUAAAUGAUACAUAUUUUAUGUUUGUUCUAAGGCACAUUUAUUUUUUAAUACUUUUAUACUUGUUGAAGUUAAUUUGCUUUAAUGCUACAAAAAAAAAAUUAGCUUUCCGCAUUGUGACGAGAAAACUGGCUGGUUCUGUGCUUAGAUACUGUAAAGGGAAACUAAAGGGAACUAAUUUCAUUUCACAUUGUCUUGUAUCACUACUAUACCAUCUUGGUAAAUUCAGCAUAGUAUGGUACUUUCCGAAACCCAUGUGUUGUGUGAAACUGAGCACUGUUAAAUAAAAUGAAUAGUUCUGUGUG